AUGAAAUUGAAUCGGAAUGAUGAUUUACGUACAAAACUUCAAUUUGCUUACGCAUAUGCAUCUUCUCGUCAAUCAUUAACUUUACUAAAACAAUUAAAUUCUAUUGAUAAAAUCGAUAAUAUGGAACUAAUAUGGUCUCAAUUAAUUCCAUGUGUUCAAUGGCCAUUUGCACGUUUAGUUCAUUGGAUUCCAUCAAAUUCAUCUGAUACAUUAUUUUGGCAUAGUAUCCUACAAGAUGAAACAAAUGAUUCAUUAAUAUUAAAACAAAGUAAACUCCAUCGUAUAUAUUCAGCAUAUAUUUAUUUUUCAAUCAAUGAUGAUAAUGAAAAUCUUGAUAAUGAUGAACAAUGGUGUCAAUGGUUACGUUCAAAACCAUGUGAUUAUGCAUUACAAAAUUCAUUUGAUAAUACAUUAUCAAUUGAUCCAUUAGUUAAUAUUGUUCGUCAAGGUAUUAAAAAUCGUUAUGAUGAUAAUGAUAAUGAUUUAAUUAUAAAAUAUCCAGCAUUAAGAUUAUUAUCAAAAUAUUCAAAAAUAAAUUCAUUUGAUAUAAGUAUUUAUCAUUUACUUGAUCGUUUUAGUCAAUUAGAUUUAUCACGAUGUUUUGCAUGGCAAGAAGCUAAUAUAUUUCGUGCUAAUGAAGAUUUAACUAUUUUACAUGAUUGUUUUUCAUCAUCAAAUGAUACAAAUAAUAAUGAUCAACAACAACAACAACAACAACAUUCAAUUGAUUAUCGUUAUUUAUUUGGACAAAAUCGUCCAUUAACAUCAUUUGCACAUUUUCUUGCAUCAUCAAUUGAUACACAAGAACAAAAUCAACAAUCAUCAUCACAACAAAAUUUAUCAACAAUUAUUGAUAGACGUUUAAAUCGUUUAAAACAUUUUUUAAUAACAUCAUGUAAAACAAAUUUUAAAAAUUAUUUAUCAUCAAUUAUAUUAUUUGAUAUGUGUAAUGAAGAUACAUUUUAUAUACGUUUAUAUGUAUCCGUAAUGAAAAUAUUAAAAACAACUCAAUCAGAAGAUUUAACAUCAAUAUCAUUAAAAUUAUUAUUAUCAAUAAAUGAUUUUAAUUCAUUAAAUUCAAUAAAACAAUUAAUUUUAUUUAAUCUUUUUUCUCAAACAUAUUCAUUAAAACAUAUACCAACAUUAUUAACAUAUUAUACAAAUCGUUCAUGUUGGUUUGAAAUGUUAUUUAUUGCACAAUUAUUUCAUUAUAGUGUUGAUGAUAUUAUAUCAUGUUUAUCACAAGUACAACAACAAAAUAUGUUAUUUGAACAUUUAAAAUGUUGUUUUAAACGUUUAGUUAAAGAAAAUCAUACACCAUUACUGAAACAAGAUCUUUUCGUUUUAUUAACUGAUCAAACAUUAACAUCGGAACAACUUAAAUUAAGAUUUCAACAAGGCCUNUUUCUUCAAUCAUUAAAUCCAAAAUAUCCACUUCUAUUUCCAGUAACAUCAAAUUCAGCUAAUUUAGCUAGUCGUUUAUUGUGUCAUAUAGCUGGAUUUGGUCAUUGGACAGUUCUUAUUCUUGCAACACAUAUAUUUGCACCUGAAAGUCGAUUAGAAUCAUUAGUUCGUUUUUGUCAUGCAUGUAUUGAUAUGAAUGAACAGCCCACACUAAAAUUUUUAACAUCAACACAAACAACUAUUGGUCUUGGACAAACAUCAACUUGGUUUACACAAUUAACAAAUGAAUUAUUAUUAUGUUUAUUUCGACAAGUAUCAUCACAUACAGAUAUACGUUCAAUAUUUCAUUUACUUGGUGAAAAAAAUGAAUUUUAUCGUCGUUUUGAACCAUUAUUUUCUUUACUUGAUGAACAACCAUCACCAAUACCAUUUGAUUGGUCACUUGUUAUGUAUACAGAUCGUUGUUUUCGUUCAAUAAUGUUAUUAAUUGAACAAUUAAUAAAACUUGAUCGUUUUGAUUUAGUUGAUGAAAUAAUUAUUUGUGUAGAUAUUGAAAUUGAUAUAACAUUAUUUGAACGUUUUAAAUGUUCAUUUGAUGAAUAUAAACAUGAUGAAAAUACUGAUGAUAAAGAAUUAAAUGAAGCAUUUGAAACAAUAUGUCAAGGACAUCAAGAUGUACUUAAACGUUUAAAAAAACCAUUACUUUAUGGAGAUUUUCUUUCAUCAAUACGUUCAACAUCAUCAAAAUUAAUUCGUGUAUUACUUCAUAUAUUUGCUAAUCAAGCACAACAUUUACCUGAACCAUAUGAUUAUUCAUCAAUAAAAAUUCCUCAACAACAAACAAUUAAUGAUAAAUUAUGGACAGCAUUAAUUAGUUUUAUAUAUGAAUAUCAAAAUAGACCAAUUGUUAAUAAAAUACUUGAUUAUAUGGUUAGUUUAUUUUCAAAUUGUUUACUUGAUCAAUUAGCAACAGAAAAAUUAAUACCAAAAGAUUUUGAUGAUUAUUUACGUAUAUUUGAUGAAAUUGAAGUCGAAGAUGAAUUAAAUGAUGAAGAAAAACAAUCAAUAGUUAUUGCUGAAAAUGAAUUUGAAGCAGCACUUUUAAAAAAUGUUUUUGCAACAAAUAAAGUUACAUCAACAACAGAUACAAUUACAACAGACAAAAAUUCAAAUACACAAUCAAAUCGUCGUCCAUCAAGUCGUGCUUCUUCAUCUUCACAUUUACCAUCAUUUGGUGCAAUAUCAAGUCGUCGAUCAUCAGGAUCAAUAACAAGUUCUGGUGGAACAAAUUUACAUCAUUUAUCCGAUAAAGAUCUUCGUUUAUGUGUAACAAUAACUGAAAAUGCAUUUUUACAACGUUCAUCACCUGAACUUGCAUUACAAUUAGCAACUAAAUUUCGUAUGACAUCAUAUAAUUUAACUGUUUUUUCUUAUGGACAUCGUCUUUAUUUAAAUGUUGUAUCACCAUCUGAUAUUCGUACACGUAUUGAUCAACUUCCGGAAAUAACUGGUAGUGGUCAAUUUAAUAAAAAACAUUUAACAAAUGUUUUGAGAAAAAUAUCAAUAACAUCAACAAAUAAUGAUCAAUCAAAUACGAUUGAUGAUCAAAAACAAAAAUUAAUCGAGCGUCUUUUAUCACGAACAUCACAUGAUGAUCAUUUAAUACCAAUAAUAAAUAUAUUAUUUAAAAUAAGUCGUCUAUUUCGUAUUGAUUCAUGUUAUUUAUUAAAACCUAAUACACAUAAUGAUGAAUGGAUUAUAUUAAAACGUAUACUUUCUUAUCCAUCAUCAUCAUUUCCAACAAAAAUAAAAUUAGCUGAAAAAUUUUCUAAAUAUUUAAAAAUAUCAAGUCAACAACUUGUUGAAUUAAUUGUUGAUGAAACAGAUAAAACAUUAAAACGUUGUGAAAAAAAUGAUCCAAGUGAUGAUUAUCAUUGUUGGCCAUUUGAUCCAAAUAAUAUUGAAUCAUAUAAACAAUUUAUGUCACUUUUAUAUGAAAAAAAUUAUGAUGCUAUUGGAAAACAACUUGUUGAAAGAUCAAAAAUGUAUGAAGAUCAAUUUCUUACUUUGGGUGUACCAGAUGCUUCAUCAUCAUUACUUCGUAUUCGUGUUGAAUUAUUAAUCUAUGCACAUACAUGUUUUAUUAAUUCAUGUCAUAUGGAAGGAAUAUGUUUAGUACUUGAUCAUGCUCGUCAUGUAGCUUUUCUUCUAAAUGAAUUAAAGAGUUAUCAAUUAUUAAUUCGUUUAUUAAUGGGUUUAGAACAAUAUUCAGAAAUGAUAUAUAUAUUUGAUAUGUUAUUUCAAUCUGAUCAAUUUGAUUUAUUAUUAUCAACAAUAAGUAAUACGAAUGAUGAACGUUUAAAUACAUCAUUAUUUGAUUAUAUAAAACGACAUCAUCCAAAUGAUGAACAUACAUUUACAUCAAUAUCAAUGAAUUUAAAUAUGCAUCAUGAAUUAGCCGUAAUGUAUCGUGAUGCUGGAGAAAAAUUAUUGAAAACACUUCAAUUUAAUCAACCAUAUUCAACAGCUGAAAUGUCAAUAACAUUACAAAGUUUACUUCAAUAUUAUUCAGAUGCAGCUGAUACAUUUUAUUUGGCUGAUUGUUGUCGUCAAAGUGAACAAUGUUUAAAACAAGCAAGACUUAUAUCAUUACAAUUAGAAUUUAUGCAAAAACAACAAGGAUUCAUUAUAUUAAAUUUAAAUUCAAAACAAAUACGUGAUUUAUUACCAAGUUUUGAACGUUGUUGGCAUGCAUUUGUUAUAGCUGAUGCAUAUAAUGAACAUUCAUUGUGGCCAUAUUGUUUAAUAGAACAAUUUAUAUGUAAUAAAAAUUCAAAUUCAAUUGUAUAUUGGAAUGAAUUUCAACAAUUAAUACCAAUUGAUGAUCAACUUAUAAUAAGAAUUGGAAAAAAUUUAUUACAAAAAUCUUUUAAUUCAAUAUCAAUUAAAAAUUUUCAAGAAAUACUUUUACAUAUAAGAGAUUCAACUAUGCUUGUUCAUUUACAACAAUCAUUAGUAACAAAUGAUAAUGGUUACUCAAAUUUAUUUACAUCUAUUGAUUCACCAUAUGUUCGUGAUACUACUCGAGUUUCGUAA